CAGAAGCACCCAACGUGUGGGCCGUGAGCUGCGCACACAGGGGAUGAGCCACCCACGCUCGCUGCCCUUCCUGGGACCCAGCCUGCUCUCAGCCUGAGCACGAGGACCGAGUGACCUUAGCAAUUGCCAGCAAGGGGACUCCAUAUGAUGAAAGCAGGUGAAAGGGAAAAUAAGGGCGGGCCGUAGGUAAAGGCCAAUUCAUACCUUGGAGGAGGUGUGGUCCUGUGCUGUACCUGGCUGUGGCCACAGCCUUGUGAAAUAUAAAAGGGAAAGGCAGUUGUUUCUCCAGCAAUCUGUUGCCAGGAUCCUGCAGUGAGAAGGAAGGGAGGUGCUAGAAGAAAUGCAGAGUAAGAAGUCUACAGUGUCAGCUGCAAAAGGUGUGAGCAACACGGGCACCUCUGAGCCUUGGGAACACCAUCAGCUCCUCUCUGGAGGUCCCUCCGCCAGGCUGAGGGCUGCAUGGUAGCUGCACUCCCUUCCCCAGCAACCUGGCUUAGGAGGAGGAAGAAGCCAUCAUGUCCCAGGGAAGAGCAGCAGGACGCAAAGCUGCCGAGCCCCAGGACAGGGGCUGGGCGUGGAUGGUGCUGCUGGCUGCGGUGCUGCUGCAGGGGAUGACCCUGGGCUUCCCCUCCUGCAUCGGGGUCUUCUUCACCGACCUCCAGCACGAGUUCCAGGCCAGCAACAGCGAGACGUCGUGGUUCCCCUCCAUCAUGGUGGCCACGCUGCACGGAGGCGGGCCCCUCUGCAGCAUCCUGGUGAAGCGCUUUGGCUGCAGGUUUGCUGUGAUGCUGGGAGGCCUGCUCAGUGGGGUGGGCAUGGUGGCCAGCUCCUUCUGCAAGUCCAUCAGGCAGCUUUACCUAACAGCUGGCCUCAUCACUGGGCUGGGAUCCUGCUUCAGCUUCCAGGCAGGAGUGACCGCGCUGGGCUACUACUUUGUGAGGUGGCGAACGCUGGCCAACGCCAUGGCAUCCACCGGCGUCUCGCUGGGCUUCACGCUGUGGCCGCUGCUUUCCCAACACCUGCUGGAUGAAAUGGGCUGGAGAAACACUUUUCUGAUCUUUGGAGGAAUCCUUUUGAACUGUUGCGUUUGUGGAGCCAUCAUGAGACCAGUUCAGCUCGCAUCAGGGUCACUCCUGCAACCGCCCAAGCCUGGAGAGGAGCCGGGGGGAAGAGCAGAGGAGGCGCAGCUGCCCAACGGAGCGUCUCCUCCCCACGCUGAGCUCCGCGAGCACACCCAGAGGACAGCGUGCUGCCAGAUGCUGCGGGAGUACCUGGCUUUCGACAUCUUCUGUCAAAACAAACGUUACCAGAUUUACACAGUUGGGGUGGCCUGGAUGAUGAUGGGGUUUGCUUUACCCCACGUCUACCUCGUGCCUUACGCCAUCCAGAACGGGGUGGAGGAGCGGCGGGCAGCCCUCCUCAUCUCCGUCAUCGGCAUCAUCAACAUCCUCAUCCGGCCUUUCACGGGGCUGCUCUCGGGACACAGAGUCUUCACGGGGAGACGCAUCUACCUGUUCAACCUGGCCGUGCUCCUCUGCGGGCUCAGCAACUUCAUCUGUGUCGUUUCAGCCCGGUUCAGCGUGCUCAUCCUCUACUGCGUCAUCUUCAGCGUGGCCAUGAGCGGCAUCGGGGCGCUCACCUUCCAGGUGCUGAUGGAUGUGGUGGAGAUGGAGAGGUUCUCCAGUGCUCUGGGGCUCUUCACCAUCGUGGAGAGCUUCACUCUCCUCAUCGGGCCCCCUCUCACAGGUAUCCUGGUAGACAUAACUGGUGAUUUCCACUACGUGUUCUACACCUCCAGCUUCUUGCUGCUGUCAGCUGCCUUAUUCAUGGGGCUCAGCUUCUGCGCCCUGGAUAAAAAAGACAAAGUGAAAGAGGCUUCAAAAGUACCUUUGGACAAUGUCUCCAGAUGCCAAUAUAACGAAGUGACAACUGAACCACAGACUGAAAGUCAGCCUCCUCCAGCAGUUGUGUAUGUCACAAGCAUAUGAGAGAAAAGAAGAAGACAAGAGGAACACAGACAAUGUUGUGGUGUGUACAAAGCUACCCAAGGGCUGGCACUCAUGGCAGAUGAGAAAAUCCUCUGCUUCCCACAACUGUCGUCAUCCUUCUGCCCUGCACUUCCACUCCAUGGGGCUACCUCAGACCCCAUGUGAGGGAUCCAGACCAUGGGCUGAGCCCAGAACCCAGCACCAGCCAAAAAGGCUGCAGGACAGAGAGCGCUGUGCUUUCCCAAAGCAAACCGAGAGGGAACAGCCACAGUGACAGUGCUGAGAGACAAAAGCCACCUCAGCCCAACUGGGUUAAGCCAGUGCCUUGCAGAAGUCACUGGAAUCUCACAGACACAUUUCAGCUGGUAGGGCAGGACACAGCAUAUUAAAACAACCCCCAUAUUAUGAACAGUUGCAGCCCUUUCAUAAAGGAGUUUUAUUGCCUCGUCUGAAUAUGCAAUUUUGGUGCAGGCUUGUGUGAAGUUUCCAUUGCUUCCCAUGUUGGGGGUGGCAAGACACACAUUUUCCACAGGAUACCUGUUGUUAUACUUUCCCACAUCUCUAACUAUUAUAUGCAGGCUGCUGCAUGGGUUGCAGAACUCAGCCAAGUCUCUACUAAGACGAAAUACUUUCUCCUGUGAGGUGUACACACGAGUUCUUUGUGCCAAGGACACUUUCAAAGCCUCAAAGGUUCAACUCCAGAGCAUCAAAAUGACCCCCCCCCAAAAAAACCUUAGAGAACCUGCUUUGUAUAACCAGUGAUGUCUCAAGUUUGUGGCUUGUGGAAAUACACAGCCUUCACUGGGACCCAUUUUUGCAGGGGAGUGGGCAGCAAAGGUGUUACUAAACCUAAGAAUAAGUGUGUGCACCCCUAUCAAGGGCCAAAUCGAAAGCCACUCUAGUUCUCUCUUGUGUAAAUUAAUUUAGCUCUUUAGUCUUAGGCCCUCAGACUUAAUUACACCAGCAUUCUCCUACAGAGAAGUUUGCACAAGCACACAUUUCUUGUAAGCACAAGUACAACGGUCUGUGAGGAAAAGCACACUGAUAAAAGUCCAUGUUACUGGCUUAAAUCUCCACAGAGCCUUGCCUACAAGUGGCUUUUAUUGCUGCACUCUUGAGAGUCAUACUUGUAAGUAUUGCUGCAUCAGCCUCUCACCUCCCUCGGCACCAGCCCAGGGUGCAGACUGUUUCUAUUCCGUGUCCCUCCUCAUCUGACAGAUCCACUCCACUGCUGUGCUUUAUCUUGGGAACUGUUAGAUCCAAUUCCUAGCAACAACAUCAGGGUUUGCAUUGGAACUGUGGGUUCCUCAGACAAAACAAAGAAACCAAGCAAAGAACCCACUGGAAAACUGACUCCAAGGUCUUCAGAGACAACUGUGGCUUCAUGGCUGCCUUUUUAUCAGCCCUUCAGAAAGGCUCCUGCUCCCACAGCUCAGUACCUUCCUCAGCACUGCUCUAGGAUUAGUGAGCUUUGCAUUUCCUGAUCAAAUAUAUACUUAAGAUGACAUACAUACCUAAUCUCUCAUCACACGUGUUUAUUGACUUGUGUAAUGCUUACAUGGUCCAUAACUAAAAGUAAACAGGGACUGGUGCUUCUCAGCUUGCUGAAACAACUGCUGUACAUUCCUAGGGAAGAGAUGGGGCUUUCUCCCUCAAAAAGAACCCCAAUUAAAAGGGAUCAAGUCCCAGAUCUCUUCUAG